AUGGCGACGCUCGAGUCCCACGACGCGACCGACGUUGCGGGCGAUGUGCAAGAAGGACGUCUGCUGCACUCUCACCAGCGCUUCGGCCAUCUCGCGUACGACACGAUCGAGCGCACGGAAAAAGAGACACCAUCGAGUAUACGGCUCACUAGCAAAAGGCGCGCAGCGUGA